AUGUCAGGUUUAUCCGUGGACAACAACGUCGAGGCCAUGUCGACUUCUACUGAAUCUAUUCACCAUGCUUGUGGCUUGAAAGAAUCAGAUCUAAACGAGUUUUUCUUAGCUUACGACCCUGAGUUUAACAACGAAGACUUGCAUGACCGCGUUUUGAUCUUCGAUGUGGUGAACGAGCAAAGACAAACCGAUAAUGCUGUCUCAACUACGACGCCUAUACUGGGAGACAAGCUAGAAACAUGUAGUAUUGCAGGAGAAGUAAUUUUGUCGUCCCCUUGCGCUGAAGGAGGUUUAAACCUGAAAGAAAUCGAAGUCAUUUCAGAACAAGUUAAGGUCUCAGAACGCAAAAGACAUUUAGACGAUGCCGAACAACAGCAGUCCCAAAAUAAGAAAUCUAGAGCAGAGUACGAGAGUGACAUAGACGAAAAUAUAGGCACGGCUGUUCCUAUCCAAGUCGAAACAACUACCGAAUUUGGAAAUGAUAAGCUUUGCACAAACGAGAAUAUGGCGGAAUAUGACUUUGUGAAUUCAGAACCCGUAACUAUACGCGCGCACAAGAUAUUCGUGCACGCGACAUUCCUAGCCGUACAUAGCAAGUACUUUCGAGCAAUGUUUUACUCGGGAAUGAAAGAAGCAACGUCUAAAGAAGUGCAUAUCAAGAUACAUGAGUCCGAAGAACAAAGUCAUUUAAAAAUGCUUGAAGCCAUAUAUCGUCCAUAUGUCCUUGAUAAUUCAUCCGUGGAGGAAUUGUUACAGAUACUUGAACUGGCUGAUAAGUACGAUGUAACGUAUGUAUUCCGGAAGUGCAAAUACGUAUUACAUAAAUGCAAUCUUAGCAUUGCUGACUGCGAAAUGAUCAUUAACUGUAUCGAAAUCAAGCAAAAGAUGCCAUCCACUUCUGACCUGGCUGCAACCGUAAGAGGAUUUUUAGCGAGUGAAUUCAAUCCAUUUGAUACAAAAUGGGAAACCGACAAGUUUACUAGUUUAUCGGAAACAUUGCUGCGUGUUUUGUUAAGUUGUGAAAAUUUAGAAACACGAUCUGAAAAUACAAUUUUUCAUGCCUUGAUGUACUGGAUUGUAAGUACCGGUUACAACUAUAACAUUAUUCCAAACGAAACGGAAUCUCUUUUAAGUCUGGUUAAGUUUAGAUUACUCACAAUUGACUAUCUUUACCAUGUCGUACAAAACCAUCACAUUGCGAAAGAAAUGCCAUCAUUCUCAGAGCUGUACCUGAAUGGAAUCACAUAUCAUGCCUUACCAAGCUCAAUGAAAAACAUUGUACCUACUCGACCGAAAUCUCACGAAAAUACCGAGCAGUAUACAUGGGUGAUAACCAGGGAUGAAAUGGAAGCCUUACGGCAAAAAGGAAGGUCAACCGCGGAAGAAACGGAAAACGAACCAAAUAUCGCAUCCGACAAUUGCCUUAUAUCUCCUAGAUUUUGGUGGUGCGGUUAUGAGAUGCAAAUGAACAUGUUCCUCACCAAAACUUUCGCAUUAUGCCUGUACGGGAAGUUGCAUUUACUUGUUCAUGGCUUGAAGAAAAGAAGUAGACUUCCUGUUAAGUGGUUCAUACGAUGUGAUGAAAUUAAAUUCUGGGCCACAUCUUUCGUUGCAUGCACGAUGUUCACUUUUGAAACGAAGAGUUCAGGCGAGGAUGUAAUAAUACGAAAACAUCCUGACAGAGAGCGUUUUGUAAUUCCUCAAGCAAUCACUAUUGGCAUAUGUAUUAGUCAUGACCCGAGCAGACUCCGAUAA